UAUAUAUAUAUAUAUAUAUAAAACCUAUUUCUUCGCUUGAAGCGAAAGCAAAUUCUCACAAAAAAAACCUACACAGGAGAUAAAGAGUCCAAAGAGCAAUUAGCAAACAAACAAACAUGGCGGCAACCGUGAGCGCGUGGGCUAAACCAGGCGCGUGGGCGCUUGAAUCGGAGGAACACGAGUCGGAGCUUCAAAAGGAGGAACCAGUGAAGGUUGACAACCACUCCAACGGCGGCAGUGCUGGCGGACUUGCUGAUUUUCCGUCAUUGGCUGCGGCCGCCACCACCAAAACGAAGAAGAAGAAGCCACAAACCCUAUCUCUUCAGGAGUUCUCCACUUACAGCGGUCCUAAACAGUCUCAAUCUGCCGCCGCCACCAAAGGGUUGACACCGGAGGAAGCGUUGAUGCUCCCCACCGCUCCUCGUGAGCGGUCCGCUGAGGAACUUGAUAAUUCUAGACUCGGAGGUGGGUUCAGAUCGUACGGUUACGAUAGGCAAGGAAGAGGUUCGGGGGACGAGCCUCGGAGGCAGGGAGGGUUCCGAAGGGAUAGUGAUAGGGAAAUUGCUCCUUCUCGUGCUGAUGAGACUGAUGAUUGGGGUGCAGCGAAGAAAACAUCUGCUGGUAAUGGUUUUGAAAGAAGGGAGAGAGGUGAAAGGGGAGGUUUUUUCUCCGAUUCGCAGUCGAAAGCUGACGAAUCUGAUAAUUGGGCAGCGAAUAAAGCUUUUGUACCUUCUUCUGGUGGCAGAAGAUUUGAUAGGAGAGUGAGUUUUGGGUCGAAUAGUAGUGAUUCCGAUUCAGAUAGGUGGACAAAGAAGAAGGAAGAGGAAGGAGGACGGAGAUUUGCCUCCGGUGGUGGUGCAUUCGACAGUUUAAGAGAGCGGAGAGCCGGUUAUGAUUCCAGUGGUGGUGGUGUGGAUUCAGAAAAUUGGGGAAGGAAGAGAGAAGAGACUGGAGUUGCUGGUGGUGGUGGUGGUAGGCCAAAGUUGAAUUUGCAACCAAGGACAUUGCCAUUGAGUGAAGGACAACAGCAGAAUGGUAAUGAGCCUGCGCCUGUGGUGAAGCCGAAAGGAGCUAAUCCAUUUGGUGCAGCUAGACCAAGAGAGGAGGUAUUGAAGGAGAAGGGACAGGAUUGGAAGGAGAUUGACCAAAAGCUUGAAUCUUUGAAGGCUUCUGAGUCAAGUGAUGGUGUUGCUCCGAUUCCGAAGAAAGCUUGGGGGAAUCCUAAUGCGAAGCUGAUUUUUCGUGAUGACAGGACUGAGAAGAGUUGGAGGAAGCCUGAGCUGAAUGAAGCUCCUCCUUCCAGUGCUGAGGAAACUGUUAAUGGGGCUAUUGAAGUAACUGUAAACGAAACUGCUGAAUCUGGUGGUGAGCCACAAGUAUGAUGCCAAAGCAAGGAGAAGUUUAUGAGCUGUGUUUCUUUCAGAGUUUGAUAGUUUGCCCAGAUCUAUGUGAGAAGCAUUGAAGCAAUUUUGAUAGAACUACUUAUUCUGUAGUGUUUUGUUUUCUCUGUGUACGUACACCAAACAUUAUCAUUUUGGUAUUUAUGUUUGUUCUUUUUUCUGUUGACUCAGUUUAGAAUUUGUUUGUUCGUAAGCAUCAUUCUUAUGUGGAACACAAAGGCAUAUAGACUGAAAGAUUAUAAAUUUUUAUGAUCAUUGUUAAUCUAGCGAGUAUGCUCUGUACUUGAA